GCGUCCAACGGCGCUGCGGGGCGGGGUUGAGCGGCUGCGCGUUCCCGGGCGGUUCCGCCGGGCUUUUAUUGCGCUCGGGGCGGCGCCGUCGUUUAGUGUGUUUGGAACGGAGGGACGGGCCGGCUGAGCCCGGCGGCAUGGGGGUGAGGUAGGGCCGGGCCGGCGAAGGAGGAGGAAGAAAAAGGGGUAGUGCGGCCGUUCGGCGGAGCCAGGCCUGCGAGGAGGCGGAGAGGUCGCAGAGCCGGCCGGAGGAUGGAGGACAAGAAGGAGGAAGGAGAGGCGGAGAUCCAGGAGCACGGGCCCGAGCACUGGUUCAGCAAGUGGGAGCGGCAGUGUCUCGCCGAGGCCGAGCAGGAGGAGGCGCUGGCGCCGGAGCUGCAGGACGAGGCGGCGGCGCAGCCCGAGCACAAGCAGCAGAAACUGUGGCACCUCUUCCAGAACUCGGCCACCGCCGUGGCCCAGCUGUACAAGGACCGGGUGUGCCAGCAGCCGGGGCUCUCCCUUUGGGUCCCUUUCCAGAACGCGGCCACUGCGGUCACCAACCUCUACAAAGAAAGUGUGGAUGCCCAUCAGAGAAGCUUUGAUGUAGGAAUUCAGAUUGGCUAUCAACGUCGGAACAAGGAUGUGUUAGCUUGGGUUAAAAAACGCAGAAGAACUAUUCGUAGAGAAGACUUGAUCAGCUUCCUAUGUGGAAAAGUUCCUCCUCCAAGAAAUUCUAGAGCUCCUCCAAGACUGACUGUAGUAUCCCCUAACCGAGCUACUUCAACAGAAACUAGCUCAUCUGUAGAGACUGAUUUGCAACCCUUCCGUGAAGCCAUAGCUCUGCAUGGUCUUAGUGGUGCAAUGGCUAGUAUAAGUGUUCGCUCGAGUACCCCAGGCUCUCCUACUCACGUGAGCAGUGGUUCCAAUGCUAGUCGAAGGAGAAACGGACUUCAUGAUGUUGAUUUGAACACUUUCAUAUCAGAAGAAAUGGCACUCCACUUGGACAAUGGUGGAACUAGAAAGCGUACCUCAGCCCAGUGUGGCGAUGUCAUUACAGACUCACCAACUCAUAAACGCAACAGAAUGAUCUAAACUGCAUAAAUUUCAAACCCACCAUGCUGCUUGAAAGCCACUUGAUCCUCAGAGUACUAUUGAAAAGGAAACGUGAGGCCAUCUUCCCAUAUUCACUGUUUAAGACAAAUUCAAUAAUUGCCAUAAAAAAUUUUAGGUAUUACGUUAGACGCCUCUUGUAUCUGCGGCUUUCUUAAACUAUAUUCUUAGCAGAGGACAUCAGAUAUUGUGUAGUAGCUAGCAAGAUCAUCAUAGGCGAACAUGUAUCUGUUCCAAGGCUAAAAGUGACCUUACUUGUAUUCUUAAAGGGAAAGGAAAUUUCAGACGUUUAUUUGGUUAUAGAAUGCUUCUUUUGUCCUUUAUUUCCUGCUGUGUUGAGUAUUUGCUUAAACAGUAUUGCCAGUUUGACUGAAAUUGUCUACUACAUGACUUGGCAUCUUUGUCAAAACUGCAGGCUUCCAUUUUUGCAGCACUGUACCAUGCACCUAGUUUCUCUAUAGUAACAGUGUGCAAGUUAUAAAUAUUGGACUGUACCCUUUUUAGUUUUAAAAGCAGUUGAUAAUUCUGGUGAUUGUGUGAUAAUGUAAAGAGGUGCUAUGAUGGUCAUGCAAUUAAUACUUAAUAUUGAAUCAAUACAAGGAUCUUUAUUGGGUUCACUUUGUGUGUUUAGUGCUCUGAAGUAGCAAUAUAAAACUUCCCCAGUUAACUUCAUAGACUUUUGAAUCUUCAGUUUGAGGAAAUAUAUGUACUUAAUGGUAUUAUCCUUGUGGUAACAAUACACAGUGCAGACUGCACCAGUGCUGACCUAAAUUUAGAGGAAGAUGUCCUGUAAUUGGAAAGUAGGCUUUUCUGUUCAGUAUUAGUGAAGGGUAGGCUUUGUGUACACCCAUAUCCCAUUUUACAUUUCUUGUGGAGUAAUUGCCCAUUGCUGGGGAGGGGUGGGAGGAGAGGGGAGUGAGGGGGAGUAGUUGAAGGAAGGGUAUUGUCUAACAAGUAAGACUUCUGGUCACAAGUGGGAACUUGGACUAACUUAAGAUUCUCUGUGAUGCCACCUCCUUCAUGGCAGGUGACAGUGCAGGUUCUGUCAAGUGCUAAGAAAAUAAUUUAAAACUGGAAGUUGAUUUUAAAAAGUUCUGGAUAAACAUGCUGUAAGGAUGAAUUAAAAAGGAUAAAUGGCUUUCUUUUUGUGUUGAGCUUACAUUCAUAGGAUCAAACUCUGCCAUAAAGUAAGUGUUAUCAAAAACUGAAGUAGACAUCAAGACUGAUCGGCUGCAAAUCAGUUUCUGAAUGGGGAUGGAUGUAUCAAUCUCAAAGAACUUCUGUUUUUACAUGUAGGUAGGAGUCUUUUUUUUUUUUUUUUUUUGGUGG